AAAACCAAAAACUCCACUUCAACUGUGCAGCAAUGUCCAGAUCGGCAAAGGGCUUUGGUCGCUUAAUCAAUCCGGGCGUGGUACUCCAUCCGGAACUGAAUCAAAAGAUGGCCGACUUUGAGGCCAUGGCCAUGGAGCGAUCUGAUUUGGAUCACGAAUUGAGCCGAUUGCGCAAGCAGCAGGACGACACCGAGGAUAAUUUGGCAGAGGCGCUGGCCGAGGACGAGUUCCAGUGCAAUUUGCGGGGCCAGCCGUUCGUUGCCCCCAACGAGGACGAGCUGCAGGAAAUCCUGAGGAAUCAUCUCGGUGGCAUUAUCAACAAGCUGGCUGCCACGUACGAGCGCCUUAUUUACCUGGACGCGGACAUCAGGAAGCUGAAGGGAGUCAUUGAAAAGGCCAUCACGGUGGCUAAUGAGGAAUCGGCAGCAGCCGCCUCAAUGUGAAGAUAUGUACUUACCCAUUACAUUCGUUGUACUUCUGCAUAUGUGUAUCUUGAAAAUUUCAGUUCGAUUUAAAUGAUACGAAAAUGCAAGGGCUAUGUAAAUAUGUAUUUAUAUUCUCCAGCUUUGCCAUAUGUACCCAAUAAUCAGUAAAAUAUGUGUUACUUUUGGAUAAUGCAGUACCCGUUCGAUGCCACGCGAAAUCCAUUCACACAUUCCGCUGGAGAUCUUAAAUCAUUUGGGCGAAAUUAAAGCCGCAACAAUCUCAUUUCCGGUAAUUCUUUAUGCACUCGCGCACAGACGACAAUCCAAUGCGAGCCAGAAGACACUGCAAAUUUAAUUGCGUAUACGCACUGUUGCCACUGCCGUCGCGGAAACAGCUUCCUCUGCGGCAGCAGCUACACUCUGCUGACUCUAUCGUUAAGUGCAUAAAUUCAAUAAUGCCGAGCGUCUGGCGGUGUCAACGCGCUGCAGAGAUCGAUAAAGCUGAAGCGGGAAAAUUUAUGGAAUUUCCUGUGCAAUGAAUUACUGAAUUUAUUUAAGUAAAC